AUGUCGACUGCACUCGUGAGCGCGGACGACGAUGUCCUUGACCCCAGUCUCCAAAACCUCAUUGACCAGAAGUCGCUACGAUGGAUUUUCGUGGGUGGGAAGGGUGGUGUAGGCAAGACAACAACGUCGUGCUCGCUGGCAAUUCAAAUGGCCAAAGCUAGGAAAUCGGUGCUCUUGAUUUCCACCGAUCCCGCUCACAACUUGAGUGACGCCUUUAGCCAGAAGUUUGGCAAGGACGCAAGACUGGUCGAGGGCUUUACAAACCUCAGCGCCAUGGAAAUCGACCCUAACGGCUCCAUCAACGAUCUCAUCGGCGGCGGCGGGGAUGAGGCUCAGGAAGCCAUGGCAGGACUGGGUGGAAUGGGCAAUAUGAUGCAAGAUCUGGCGUUUAGCAUUCCUGGCGUUGACGAAGCCAUGUCCUUUGCCGAAGUGCUCAAGCAAGUCAAAUCCCUCUCCUACGAAGUCAUCAUCUUCGACACGGCUCCCACCGGCCACACUCUUCGCUUCCUACAAUUCCCCACGGUCCUGGAGAAGGCCCUCGCAAAGAUUUCCCAGCUCUCUACUCAAUUCGGUCCCAUGCUGCAAUCAGUUAUAGGAGCAAGAGGAGGUCUUCCGGGAGGGGCAUCACUCGAGGAAUUGACACAGAAGCUUGAGUCGCUUCGAGAGACCAUUGCCGAAGUCAAUGGCCAAUUCAAGAAUCCCGACAUGACCACCUUUGUCUGCGUCUGCAUCGCCGAGUUCCUUUCAUUGUACGAGACGGAGAGGAUGAUUCAAGAGCUGGCAAAUUACCAUAUUGAUACCCAUUGCAUCGUCGUCAAUCAGUUGUUGUUCCCGGAGAAAGGCAAUGAAUGCAAGCAGUGUAACGCUAGGAGGAAAAUGCAGAAGAAAUAUCUCGACCAGAUUGAAGAGCUGUACGACGAGUUCAACGUGGUCAAGAUGCCGCUCCUGACGGAUGAAGUGCGCGGGGUGGAAAAGCUGAAGAGUUUCUCGGAAAUGCUGAUUCAUCCCUAUCAACCGCCAUCAUGA